AUGGGAGCCUCCCUGUGCAAGCCGGAUGAGCAACCGAUCGGUUGUGCGGCGUCCACUGUGCACGCCUGCCACUUCCCCUUGUGGGCCGUCAAGGUGUCCGAUUUCAUGCAGAUGCGCGGCGCGCCGGAGCCCCACAACGUGCUGCAGGAGAAGGGCGUGCUGCACCAAUACUACCCGGGCAUGUUCGUGAUCUUUGUCUCGCACCAGUGGCUCAGUUCCGUGCAUCCGGACCCUCAGGGUGCACAGAUGAGGGUUCUUCAGAAGGCGCUUGCUGGUGUGAUUGACGGGACUGUGCAGAUUACGGAAAACAUCGUGGCUCACUCCUACGACGAGAUAAGCUUGGCGUCGGACACUCAGAAGCGGAUCGCCGAUGCGUUCCUGUUCUUCGACUGGUUCGCGAUCCCACAGAUCACAGCGCGGACGCCUGGUGUCAAUGAGGAGACCACGAAGACAGAUGCGGCGUUGGCGGUGCAGAGCAUUCCAGCAUAUGUAGAGCUCUGUGAUCUCUUCCUGGCGCUAGUUCCAGAGCUGACCCACAAAGACUCGGCGCAGCGUGUGAACUAUACUACCUGGAUGUCCAGAGGGUGGUGCCGCGCUGAGCUAUGGUGUCGGCUACUGUCAAACAAAUCUGACACUUCCGUGAUUGUUGCGUACUCUGCCACGGAAGCCGAGUUUAUGUUCCCGUUGGACUGGCAGAACAGAAGCAUCGUGGAUGGGGACUUCACCGUCGAAGCCGACCGCACGGAGGUCGUCCGACUUGGAGAGAUGGCCGUGGAAAGCAAGAUACGUCACUUGCAAGACAGAGGCCCUUUGAGCCACUACCGCUUCUGGGCCGCCCUGUGCCCCAACCUCCUUCGACAGCAGCGGAAGUGGAGCGAAAUGGACGCGUUCCUGCGACACUUCAAAUUUGCCAGCUUAAGGGAAGCUGUGCAGGAUGACACUGGCAUGAAUGCAGUCAUGUGCGCGGUCUUCUCGGGCGACACCAACAUGUUGAGAUCGCUUGCAGGAAGCCGAGCAAACAUGAACCACACCCUCGAAGGCAUGAGCGAGCUUGGCUACUACGACACGCAGACAGCACUCAUGGCUGCGACAAAGUCGCGGCAGGAUGUUGACGUCCUCAGGGUGCUCCUCGAGUGCCGCGCUGAUGUUAAUGGCUGCGCCAGAACGGGCCUGACUGCCAUAUUCCUGUGCCGAACACCUGAGCAUGUCAAGAUACUCUUGGAGCAUCGUGCGGACAUGCCGGAUUACGUACUGGCUGGCGCCGCGUCCUUCGCCUGUCCGGAGACGGUUAAAGCGCUUAUCUCACACCGCUGCGAUGCCAGCAAGGCGGAAGUACUACACUCCGUCGCACUGAUGUCACGCAGCAAUGGCCGAGCACUCGAGACGGCCAAGCUUCUUUUGGCACAUCGCGCAGACGUCAACGAGAAGCACACGCCCAUGGGGGAGUUGAUUUGGUACUAUCGAAAAGCCCGAUUCCGCGCGGCGGUGGUCGGUCUCUCGAACUGCUCGAUGUCGACGCGAUUCUGGGCCGCCCGCUCUGGCAUCUCACCCCUGGGCGUUGCGGCCCUGGUCGGUCAUGAGCAGCUGGUGCAACUCUUCCUCGAGUAUGGGGCCGAACCCUUCGCCAACGACAGCGGCCACCUUCCCGAAGACCUGGCGCGGUGCAGCCACCAUCACCACCUCCUGCCCAUGUUGUCCACGUUCGCGACGUAG